UGUGUUAUCGCUCUAAUGUUAGACUCAUGUUAACUACGGAUUUGUAAUUCCCGAUCCUGUGCGGAACAUUUCCGAGACUGCAGUAUUACGUGUACACACCACUACACGUGAAAUAUUCCGCUCCGGUCGACUUGCUUCACUUGUUAGCAUUAGCAAGUACUUCCGAUCAUUUACUAAAGUAUAGUUUUGGACACUAAUGACUGUUUAUAAUUGGCCCUUUCUGCAUAGGAAUACAGACAGAUUGUUCAGAUACAAAUAUUUAUCGGAGGAGGCAUUUGAAAUAAGCUAAGCGCGCACACUUAGUUGCUAGUUUUUACUUUUCCAACUUGUAUUUUUCUCACACACACCCAGUGAGACCUUACUACUAUGAGGCUGGUCAUUCUCGACGACUAUGAUCUGGCCAGUGAGUGGGCAGCAAAAUACAUCCGCAACAGAAUAGUCCAGUUUAAGCCUUCUGCUGACAGAUUCUUUACUCUGGGCUUGCCAACAGGUAGCACUCCUUAUGGCUGUUACCAGAAGUUAAUUGAAUACUACAGACAUGGUGAUAUUUCAUUCAAAUAUGUGAAAACAUUUAACAUGGAUGAAUAUGUCGGUCUACCUCGUGCUCAUCCGGAGAGUUACCACUCCUACAUGUGGAACAAUUUCUUCAAGCACAUUGACAUUGAUCCAGCCAACGCUCACAUUCUUGAUGGAAAUGCACAGAACUUGGAGGAAGAGUGUCAGGCUUAUGAGCAGAAGAUCGCUGAAGCUGGAGGAAUCGAGUUGUUUGUUGGAGGUAUUGGUCCUGAUGGUCACAUAGCAUUCAACGAGCCUGGCUCCAGUCUGGUUUCCAGAACGAGAGUGAAAACCCUCGCAAAGGACACCAUUGUGGCAAAUGCUCGUUUCUUUGGCAAUGACCUCUCUAAGGUUCCCACAAUGGCUCUGACUGUUGGUGUAGGAACUGUCAUGGAUGCCAAGGAGGUGAUGAUUCUUAUCACGGGAGCACACAAAGCCUUUGCUCUCUACAAAGCCAUAGAGGAGGGAGUUAACCACAUGUGGACAGUAUCAGCGUUCCAGCAGCACCCACGCACCAUUUUUGUCUGUGAUGAGGAUGCCACCUUGGAGCUCAGAGUCAAAACUGUCAAAUACUUCAAAGGUUUAAUGCAUGUCCAUAAUAAACUGGUGGACCCAGUGCUCAGCAUAAAAGACCAGUAAAGGAGCCAGUGACUAAGGAAGACAACUGAAGGUUGUGACCAAUGAUUUCUGGAUUCAACAUCUGUUCCACGUCUGAAGAGCUGGUGUUUGAGUCCUUAACUGUGCAUGUUGCUUAUUCAGAAACUUACUUUGAAUGUUAUUCUUUUCAGACUGUUACUGAUUAUUAGUGAAAGGUCACUGUUCAUUUAUGUUGCGAUGUAGUUAUAACACAAGUUUACCUAUCCGAGGUGUUUUGUUUAAUAUUUAACUAAUUAAAACUAGUUAAUGUUUAACUAGUUUUUUCAGGAUUACUUUUUUCCAUAAAGUAAUGACCAUAAACAAAACACCCAAAUUUGUUUGGUGGUUGAAGUGAACCUAGACUUUUUGUCUAUAUUCAUUCCCAAAGUAGAAGGCAACAAUGUGCGGACAACAGUUCAACAAAAGAAGCAAAUGUGAUGUGUAUGUUGGUCAAAUCUUGUCAACCAAAUAAACACUGUACAUGUAGAUAUAUUUUAGGGUCCUCGUCAAUUAAUUAAAGAGAGCCUGUUUAAUUUGUCUUAACUUUACUUGAAACACAUUCUUGUAUAUGUGCUUCACAAUAACUGCUGCUUGACUUUGCUUCAUGGAUCCUUUUCACUUGGAUGUGGCCUUAGAAGGAAAGGGCCUGUUUUGUAGCUGUCCUAUUGCCUUAUGGCAACUAACUGAAAAUGGAUAUUUAUGGAUCUAAUCUGAUUACGCCUCAUAGCAGGAUUUUACAAAUGUCCAAAGCCUUGGGUCGGGCUCAUACAUCAGUUUUGAUUUGGUGGGGAUAAUUAACAAAAGUGACAAAACAUUUUUAUCACAGCCCUGAUCAUUUGACCAUAUAUUCAUACAUACAAAACUACACAUUUAUACCUGAACAUUGAUAUCACCAUAUAGGAAGACAGAAUCACAAUAUAAUGUCAGCAUAUAUGUCAUGAUCUUGGUCUAAGUGGUCUUGUGUACCCCUACCAGACGAUGUUCACAGUGAUUCUACAGUUGAUGUUUACCAGCAGAAUAGUGUAAUGUAACAAGAUGAUCAGUUGAACUGAAUCUGUGUUUUUUAAGUAAAUUUGAAGACUAUUUUUUUAAAAUGUAUUUAUUACACCCAAGG